UUCACCUUGAAGUCUUCAUUGCCCUAUAUAUAUAACCCUAACCCCAUUGUACAUAGAAAUCAUAGUCAUAGUAAGGAAGAAUUAAGGUGUCAGUUAAAUCUCCUUAAGAUAUCAUGAGUAUCGUCGAGCUGUGCGUGCACAUGGACUGUUCGGGGUGCGAGAGCAAGAUCCGGAAGGCGAUCUCGAAGCUCAGAGGCGUGGAUGGAGUAGAGAUCGACAUGGAGAGGCAGAAGGUCACCGUCACCGGAACGGUGGAGCAGAAGAAGGUCCUGAAGGCGGUUCGCCGGACGGGGAGGAGGGCGGUGCUGUGGCCGUAUCCCCUGGCGGCGGAGCCCGACAAGUGCAUCUACACGCAGGAGUACUACCGGCUGCACCAGGGGACGCCGGCGCCUCACCAUCUCAUCUUCAACGUCGAUCCGGAGUCUUACAACUACUGCAUGCAUGGCUACGGAGACUCGAGCAUGCACGGCUACUACCAAGACUCCACGCACACCCACAUCAUCAGCGACGAGGAUCGAGCUCGCUACAGUGACGAUAACCCUAAUGCUUGCUCGGUCAUGUAGCCACAUGCAUCCACUAUCUAUCUAUCUAUCUAUCUAUCUAUCUACCUUAAAUAUUUGUUAUCAGUUAUCACGUACAGAAUUGGCUUUGGGGAAAAGGGGUUUUGGGAUUCUGAGACGUCUGGAGUUUGAGAACUGUAAGGCCACAAACAGAGGUCUCAUCUUCCUCUGUGCUGGGGCUCUCUGAGCCAGACUCUUUCUAUGCCUUUCUACUCUCUACAUCUUCUGUCUUGGCUCUUUCAGUCCGUUUACUCUAAAAGAUGAUGGAUAGGUAAAAGAGAUGAGCAAAAUGUGAAUUAAAAUAUUUUUAUUAUAGUUAAGUCGAUUGGGCAGUCAAUUAA